AUGGGCCGCAAGGUGGUGGCGGCAGGAAAGUCCAUAGUUUACCCUGGCGACGCUGAGGAGAAUUUAUACCCCCCGACCAACGAGACGCCUUGCACGCAGCAGCAAUCCUACCAGGCUGCCUCUUCUGCCCGUUCAGAGAGGGCCUCCGGCGCUGCCGAGGUGCUUGUGGCCGACGAGGCAUCAACGGGCUCCUUUGCCCUCUCCGUGGAGGGCGAUGCGCCUGGCAGUGAAAUUUCCGGUGACAUUUUUGUGCAACCGCACGCCGCUGACAACCAGCACAGCCCCGCGUGUUCGGCUUCCGACUCCCUCGAAGAAAUCGCUAGUGGCUUAUCCGUGGAGGAGAAGCAGCCGUUAAACGCCAGGGCUGCCCAGACAAGGUCACGCACCCUUCACCACACCUCGGAGGAGGUGCUGCACACGUACCAGUGCCUGAAGCGCGCCGUCCAGCAGCGGAUUUACAGGCGCUAUUACGUCAAGUGGGUGCAGCUCCUCACACAGAGGCCAUCAAGGGCGAUGGCCACGCAGACACCAGGAAAUGACUCCUUGUGUGCGCCAGUUGUGGAGGGCGCACAGUUACUCGGUGAAGUAGAGGUAGCAGCCGCAGAUUUCGCGGCAACGUCCCUGCUCUAUUCUGCCGCGCAGUAUGGAAGCCAAUGCAACGCCGCUGAGGAUGCAGGUAGUGAGUUCACGCACGGCGGUCUACGUGAGGGACAGCAGGGGCUGUCGGCUUCUAGCUCCGCAUCUGUCGUGUGUCUUUGCGACCCGGCAGUUUUGCCAACAAAACCGUCAGCGCCGCUGAUGCUACGGUCACGGAGCACACCCUCGCUUCUACGAGAUUAUGGGCGGCAUUCGUCGCCACCAAGGAGAGUACUCCCGCAGCUUUACAGUCUUCCCAGCGCAAAACCUCCGUCUCUAGUCAACCUCGGCUGCCCCAUUACUGUUUGCCAGCCCAAGGAGUAUGACAAAACUACACGCGCCGUACAGAGAACACGGUAA